UCAAGAACAUCAUCGCUGCUGCUUGUGCUCCAUUCUCUGUAGCAGCCAUAGAAAUGAACACCAUACUUCCGUUAUCGAAGUACUCAAGACUCCUCCGCCGCCACAUUCUAAAACCCCACCGUCGCCUCUGCACCGAAUCCAACCCACAGCCGCUAACGCCACUGCAGGACGAUGAACGAAAAAUCGACCAAGCAGUUCAAAUCCUCCUCGAAACCCCACAUCCAGAAUGGUCAUCUUCUCAACCCUUGCAGUCGCUCUUAUUCUCGUCUCCUCCUUUACCUCCCUGUUUCAUCUUGAAAAUCACUCGCGGCCUGCCUUCCUAUUGUCGAGCCCUCAACUUCUUCGAACAUCUUCGUCAAAACUCUGCAUCUCCAGAUACCCAAUUCCUUUCUCAUUCAUUCCAAGCCCUUCUCGAACAAGCGGGUCGAGGACCCGAUGCUGCAUCACGGUUACCCGAACUGUAUCGAGCUUCAAAAGAAUGGGAAGUUCCUCUAACUGUCGAUGCCGCCGCGCUUCUUAUUCGGUACUUUGGGAGGCUCGAAAUGGUGGACAAUUCGAUUCUUGUUUUCGACGAACUCGACCCUUCUCUUAAAAACACACACGUUCGCAGUGUUUUGAUCGAUUCUCUGUUAAGAGAUGGUCGUGUUGACCUCGCGCUCAAUGUGCUCGAUGAAAUGCUUCAACCGUUAUCGGAGGUUCCUCCCAAUGACAUUACUGGGGACAUUGUUUUUUACGCUUUGACCAAGGCAGGCAGGAAAGGGAGGAGCUUGAGCGAUGAAGAGUUAGUUCAGUUGGUUUUACAAUUCGGGAAACAUAGUGUUUUUCCAAAGACAAAGUGGCUGACCCGAUUGAUUUCUAGUUUAUGUAGGAGAGGGCAAAUCUUUCAAGCUUGGGAUUUUAUGCACGAACUGCUAAGACUGGGAGCACCCCUUGAAUCUUUUCAUUUCAAUCUACUUUUGUCCGGGUUAGGGAGGCAGGGAGACCUUAAAAGAAUGAACGCCGUUUUGGCCGAGAUGAAAGAGUAUGGCAUUCAGCCCAAUGCUUUUACCUUGGGGAUACUUAUUAAUCAGUUAUGUAAGUUAAGGAGGGUUGAUGAUGCGAUGGAGGUGUUCAACAAAACGGUCGAGGCAAAACAGAGUGAUGGUGUUUCUAUUGAAGUCGACAUUGUUAUCAUGAAUACCUUGAUUGAUGGACUUUGUAAAGUAGGGAGGCAGGAAGAAGGGUUGCAUUUGAUGGAACGAAAGAAGUCCAGCAAGGGCAUUGUACCUGAUACAGUCACUUAUAAUUGCUUGAUUAAUGGAUUUUGUAAAGUUGGAGAGAUCGAAAGAGGGAUCGAAUUGUUUGAACGGAUGAAAGAAGAGGGAGUUUCACCUAAUGUGAUCACCGUUAAUAUAUUGAUCGAUGGCAUGUGCAGACAUGGGAGGACUGAUAGUGCACUUGAAUUCUUCAGAGAUAUGCAGGGGAAAGGGGUAAAGGGCAAUUCAGUUACUUAUACUGCUCUAGUUACUGCUUUCUCUAAAGCACAUAAUUUCGGUAAGGUGGUUGAUUUGUUUGAUGAAAUGGUGAGAAGUGGAUGCUCUGCAGAUCCUACUGUUUACUGUAGCUUGAUCUCUGGCUUUUGCCGAGCUGGAAGGAUGGACGAUGCCGGUAAGGUUUACUCAAAUUUGAAAGCAGCCGGGUUCCAUCCUGACAUUGGAUGCUACAAUGCUCUUAUUAGUGGAUUCUGCAAGAUGAGGAAGAUAGACAAAGCUAAUGAAAUCAUCAAGGAAAUGGAGGAAGCAGGAGUUAAGCCCAACAUUGUCACAUUUAACACUGUGAUUGCUUGUCUUUCCGAAGCUGGGAACUUUACACUUGCUCAUAGGGUGAUGAAACAGAUGAAGAAGGAAGGUCUCACCCCUAAGGCCACCACGUUUGGAGCUCUUAUACACGGAUACUGCUUAAACGGAAAACUCGAUAAAGCCAGGAAGCUUUUCGAUGACAUGAGUACCUCAGCAAAGAUUUUACCAAGCACGGCUACAUACAACAUUCUUAUAGAAUCUCUGUGCAAGGUUAACGACGUCCAAGCCGCGCUCUCUCUGAUGGAUGAUAUGAAAGCAAAGGGGGUGAAGCCUAAUACCACCACAUACAAUGCAAUGUUCAAAGGACUUAAAGAGAAUAAUCUGUCGGAUGAUGCGGUUUUACUGGUGGACGGUAUGAUUGAUAGCGGUUGCCGUCCUGACAAUCAAACCAUGGAGAUUCUCACCGGUUGGCUUUCUGCUGGUGGAUCGGAAAAAUUAAGAAGCUUCGUACAAGGAAACAAGGUUUCUUCCUUGACUGCAUAAAAUGGCUACAAAAUGAAGAUCGUGUUAUAUCAGCUGUGUAUGUGGUAAUGAACAAUGACUUAAGAAUUGGUAAACUAGCCCAAUUAAUUGUGGUUUAAAGACCAACGUCGAUUCUGCAUUUAAAAUUAUUUGUGGACAAGUGAAAUUGGGUUGGGGGGAUCAAGUUU